AUGCCACAAGCAAUCCUUUACCCAGUCAAAAACACUUUGCGAAAAGAGAGUCACCGCACAGGGGCCGCAGCAUAUGCGAAGGCUGUUCGGCGAUACAACUUCAAGACUGGCAUCUUUGAAGGCAAUAAGGGUCGUGUCUUGGCGAUUAAGGAGGAUGGUUCUGACCACGAGGUCCCUGCCGAAAGCAUAGCUCACGAUUUGGAAUAUGUAGUUCCGGUGACCAUCGGAACCCCGGGAGUCACACUUAUGUUGGAUUUCGAUACCGGAUCGUCGGACCUAUGGGUUUGGUCAAGUGACCUCAAAGCUAGCCAACCGACCGCGUCGGGCCAUGCGAUAUAUGAUCCUAAGAAGUCGAGCACUGCUCAAGAGGUCUCGGGCGGAACUUGGAAAAUUUCUUAUGGAGAUGGAUCCUCCGCUAGCGGUGUCAUUUACAGAGAUGAUAUUCGAAUUGGGGACCUCCACUGCUCUGAACAAGGAAUUGAGGUUGCUCAAAAACUUUCGAGCGCUUUCCUUAACGGUGAAGGCUCUGAUGGGCUUUUGGGGCUUGCGUGGCCUCAAAUCAAUACGGCCAACCCUCAGCAGAAGACUCCGAUGCAAAACAUGAUUGAGAAAAGCAUCACCGACCAGGGAUUGUUCACAGUCUGCUUGAAGCACGAUACUGAAGGCAAAGGCUUUUACUCAUUCGGAACCAUUUGCGCCAAAGAAGCCGGCGUCUCGGAGAAAGACAUCGUCUAUGCACCAAUUGACAACAAACAGGGAUUCUGGGCCUUUGAGUCACAGAAGGCGAAGAUAGGCGAAGAUGAGAUCGAAUUAUCUGGGAACGUCGCGAUAGCAGACACCGGAACGACGCUCGCGUUGGUUUCUGAGGCCGUCACGACUGCUCUUUACAAAAAGAUUCCGGGUGCCGUCCUGGACAGAAGUCAGGGUGGCUACGUGUACCCUGUCGAUGCUGAGGUACCCGAUGUCCAACUGGCCGUCGGUGACAAAAUGUACACGAUCCCAGGGAAAUCUUUGGCCUACGGCCUCCCAGAAAAGGGAAUGGUAUUUGGCGGUAUUCAAUCACGUGGAAACAACCCAUUUGAUAUUCUGGGUGACACCUUCUUGAAAAGUGUUUACGUCGUUUUUGACCAGAAGAAUGUCCGCAUCGGAUUCGCUCAAAGAACCGCCGGUCAGUGA